CCCCGUCAGUCGGCCUUUGGCGGGCGCCGCGUCCGGAUCGUCCUUGCUCAUCCUUCGUCUUUAUGCCUUAUCGAUUACGCGGCCACCUUAGAUGAGUGCUGUGGGUUCGCAUGGCGAGAUUUUGCUGCUUUUGCUGCUGCACCAGGAGUCAGAAUGACGACGCUGACGCCGCCACCACCAAGACCCCCAUCUCCGAACAAGGGGGCGACGCUGAUCAGGAAGAAGACCUCGAAACAGGAAACCUCCGCAACAAAUAUGCGCUCGCUCCCGGCCACUCCCUCAUGGACUGGAUCCGGUUGGGCUCCUCCGGCAAGGACCUCACCGGCGUGGGUUCACAGGCCGGCAACCUUUCGGUGACACCCAGCGAGCUCGCCCUGCAUAACAAGGAGACGGACGCCUGGCUAUGCAUCCGAGGGCGGGUGUACAACGUCACCGCAUACCUGCCGUUCCAUCCUGGGGGCCCCGAGCAGCUCAUGAAGGGGGCGGGAAAAGACGCCACCCGAUUGUUCGAAGAGGUGCAUCCCUGGGUCAACUUCGACCAAAUUCUAACCAAGUGUUACGUUGGUAAAUUGAAAGCACAUCCGGAAUUUGAGCCGGAAGAAGUGUUCAAAAGCGAGAAAAACGCACCGCCACCACCACAAAACAAUGAGACUGUCGCAAAUGCCACAAAGGAACCAAUUUUGUUACCGAGAUUCGACUGGAUCCAAAAGUUGGAUUACAUUACGAUUAUUUUUUAUACCGGGAAUUUUUCGAACCCGAUGCUUGAGACGACGACUCGGGGCGAUGAUAACACACACAGUAUUUUUUUAACUUAUAAUAACACGAUCUUCGAUAAUGAGAUUGUCUUUGCCGGGAAGGUGCACUUUCCGGGACGGAUUAAAGUCACGUGUGAGACGGGGAAAGUCGAGUUGUGUUAUAAGAAAUGCCAAGGAAGUGUUUGGGAUAAUUUUGGGGUACUUAAGCAGAAGGCAAGGCCUUACACUGACUCGCUUGUCCAAGCCAAAUUAAAAUGUAAAGUCGUUAACAAGAUCAAAGUUAACUACAACACGGUUCUUAUCGAAUUGGAACGAAGUGAUAACACCAAAAGUGUCGUCCCGCUCGGGAAACACAUCAAGGUUUUUGACACAAUCAAAGGGGAGGAAAUCGUCCGGAGCUACACCCCCGUCCCCAUCUGCCUUUUCAGCAAAUUCCGCCAACAGAAUUACACCACUGACAAUAUUUGUCUCAUGGUGAAACGCUACCCCGAGGGAAAUCUUAGCAAAAUACUUGGAGAUUGUCUAACUGGCGACACUGUUACAAUUUCCAAGCCUUUAGGGUCUUUCAAUUUACAAGAAAUCGAAAAACGUGAGACUUUCAUUAUCCUAGCUGCUGGCACAGGCAUCACGCCCAUGUUUGCCAUAAUAUUGUUCCUCCUAGAGCGAAGAAUAAGAAAAUGUCAGCGUUUGCGACUGCUGUUUUUCAACCGCACCCCCGACGACAUCCCCUUCCGAACCCAGUUCGAGGAGCUCCAAAGGGAGGAGCCCCGUUUUAAGGUGUUCCACGUGUUGUCGCAGGCCGAUAACACGUGGACGGGGCUCAGGGGGCACGUAAGUCGGUCAAUCCUCGAGGAAACAAUCGCCGAUCAUUUGAAAGACACCACCUAUGUUAAAAGCGACGUCUAUUUUAUGGUGUGUGGUCCUACGAUUUUCACAACUUUGACGCAACAAUUGUUCAAAGAUUUGCAAUUUAAAGACGAACAAAUUCACUUUUUCUUAGGAUAGCAGGCCGUCGAUCACUUCGUCUUGAGCAUUUUUCAGUUAAUAGGAGAGAAAAGAGCAAUAAUUCAGUCCUAGAACGCACGCGCUACGUGAACACAGCCUGGGUAGGUUUGGGCGCGGGCAACAAAAAAUAAAACUGUUUUUUACUUAAAACCAUGGCCUCCUUGAUGUAUGGAGACAACUUCGUUGUUCAGGCCUGGCGCAUCGAUAAGCUUCAGCGGUUUUUUCGAAACCGUAGAUGGCGCCCUAUUUAGCGCACUGACGUUUAUGUGACAAAUAGCAUUUGUGAGGUUAAAUCCGAAAAAAAAUUGAAUUUAACAAGUACAAUCAUCAUAAGAGAAGGUGAAAAAGAGCCCACAAUGUAAUUGAUAAUUUCUAAAUACAAAAACUCAAAAAAAUUUAUAAAGUAGUAGAUUUUUUUCGGGAGUUUGGUGAUCCACGAGCGGUGCUUGAGAGUGAGCAGAGGUCCAGACAGGGACUUUGGAACGGACGGCUCAGAGACACUCUAGCAGAAGAACGCUGGAUCGAGCUUUUUAAACCAUUUCAUUUGAAAAAAACGACUUCCUUUGUACAUUUUACUAAAACUAAAUUAACAAUAGCAGGUUUUGAAAAUACGUGUGUGCAAAAUAGUUUCAUUUGCCUAAACAAUGUAUUGCAAAUAUCUGCUGGUUAAAAGGUUGCAAAUACCUUUCAGAAAACUUAAGCCAUGUCUUAAAAAUCACAGAUUUGUAACGCAUUCAUCCUUAACCAUUGGAAAAACCAUAGAGUAUGCAUAAUAAAUGGAAGGUUCUUUGAAACAUCGUUUUCUCUGCAUCUGUGUCUGCGUACUAGUGCCGUAGGUUAUGCUUAAAAUACUUAUAAACGAUGAACAAUCAAUUCACCUUAAAAUAAUUUGUAUAUCUUCUGAAGCUGAAAAUAAAAAAUCCUAAUGAUCGUAAAAUGAUUUCCUGCAAAAGUUACACUAUCCAAACGUUCAUUCAGGGCAUAACUUUAGAAUUAUCCUCACAUAUUCAACGUAUUUCACGAAUGCACACUUACAUCUUUCAAAUUUAUUAGUCUUUAACCUCAAAAAUGGUAUUUGUCAAAUAAACGUCAGUCCGCUAAAUGCAGCGCUAGUGGAGAAUCAGCCGAACUUAAAGAUGCGCCAGGCCUGAACAACGAAGUUGCCUCAAUACAUCAAGGAGGCCAUGCUUAAAACAAAUCGCAAAUUCCCCCAAAGGAGCGGAAAAAAUCAAAAUUGAGGCUACGUCGGUGACGUCACAACACUUGACAGUUAUGACACCAAUACGCGCUAUCAGUGUGACGUAGACAUUUGAGGUAGGUCAGCACCUUAAAGCUAAACAAUCGCCAUUUUCAAUGCUUUUCUUAUGGGCAUUUAAAAGUUUUUCGUAUUUCUUUAAUGCUAGAAGUGUAGGAACAUUACUUUUACAGAGAAAUGAUAGCUAUGAAAAAUGCAAUGUCGUUUCUUAAAGAUUUUAGCAACUGAGCUAAUAUUUCUGUAAGUUGAACACAUAAAUCCUUUUCUAACCUAACUUUUUUCAAACUUCAAAAUUCAGUUUUUCUUAAUUUGGACAUCAUAUUGAUGUAAAUUAUUAUGUGGCCUUUUAAAACUGAGGGAAAAAUGGUUUGCCACACUAAUGACAUUGGAUUUCUUCUGAAUGACGAAUUCAUGGGGUGCAACCGGCGCAACCCCAAUAAACGGGUUGUUUUCUGUCCCCCUCCCCCAUCACGAGGGAUGAAUAGCAGGUAUACGAGGGUAGAGGGUUCAGGCACAUACAUGGUUGAAAGUAGUACGGGUUGUGAGUUCUGUGCUUCUUUCGUGAGUGUCUUUUGUUAUCGUGUUUUUUCCGAUCGUUCUCCAUAUCUUCGUGUUCUUGAAUUUUUAAAAUUCUGUUUUUCCAAGACAUUAUCUCAUUUUUGUGGUACAUCAUUAGGUAUGAUUUGUGAAUAAUAUUUUGUUGCGAUACUUUGAUAGUUCAUGUGUAGUAGGUUUUUACAUCACAACUAUGGGAAUGUGUUGGGCUCCAGAUUGCAAACACUAUAGUACUCGCGAUAAAUGCCAUUUUUUUAGUUUUCCUAAGUCGGGAAAAGAACGAGCACUAUGGAAAAAAUUGUUGAGAAGAGAUGUAGAACCCGGACCAGGAGCCUACGUUUGCAGCUGCCAUUUUCGGGAUGGAAGAAAGGAAAAUGGUCCUGAAUUAUUUUUGCACAAUAUCGCAAAAAGAGCCUAUUUUCAAGUGGAAUCUCCAGAAAAAAAAAAGAUGAAAAAACAAGGACUCCCUUCUUGUUCUAGUUCCGCUGAAUCAUUAAGUGUUGAUAUACCGGAAGAAACAGUACCAUCGACAAUGAAUUUAGAGGAAGUGCCAUCGACGUCUACAGCCGUAGUUGCAGCACCAGCAGAUAUAAUUCAAGAUGCUCCGUUAGAAUCUAUGGGUGUGCAAGCACCCUUGGUGUCACAUGCGGCUCUUGAAGCAGAAAUGUAUUUUCUCAAAAAGGAAAAUGCUGAACUUAAAGCAAAAAUACAAUAUCUGACAGUACGAUUUUGCUAUGAAAAUGUUCAAGGAAAUGACAAACUCAUUGUUUUAUAUACCGGUCUUCCCAAUAGCCAGAUUUUCGAAGCAUUGUUUCACUUAAUCGAAAAGUUGGACAUAAAAUAUUACCACAAAUGGACAGUCCAAAAGUUAACUAGAAUUGACCAACUCUUUUUAACCCUAGUAAAAUUACGACUCAAUUUCCCUCAACUUGAUUUGGCGCAACGCUUUGGGGUUGCCCAAAGCACAGUUUCUAAUAUUAUUUUAACAUUUGUCCAUGUAAUAUAUGAAAUUUUAUAUAAACAGUUUAUGACGACAAUGCCUUCGCGCGAAAAAAAUAAAUCUUGCUUGCCAACAUGUUUUAGCAAUUUUACUAAUUGUAGAGCAGUUCUAGAUUGUACCGAAAUUUUCACUGUGGUAUCACGUAAGUCUAUGUCAACACAGAAAUUAACAUAUAGUACUUACAAACAUCAUAAUACUUUCAAAGGGCUAAUUGGAGUUGCACCCAAUGGUGUCAUCACAUUUGUAAGUGAUUUAUACGUGGGAUCAACUUCUGAUCAAAAAGUUGUUUUAAAUUGUGGAAUAAUCGACAUGUUAAAAACUGGAGAUAUGAUUUUAGCCGAUAAGGGAUUUUUGAUCCAAAAUAUUCUGCCACCAGGGGUCACUUUGAAUAUUCCACCUUUUUUAUCAAAUGUCCAAUUUACACCAGAGCAAGUUAAGUGUACCGAAAAUAUUGCACGUGCAAGAAUACACGUCGAAAGGGCAAUACGCCGAUUAAAAUGUUAUCAUAUUUUAAAUUUUUUGCCAGAGUCUUUGUGCCACUAUGGAGAUAUUGUUUUUAAAGCGACUGCCGCUUUAACAAACCUCCAAUUUCCAUUAAUUAAAGAGGUAGCAGAAUUGUUUCAGGAUUGUGAUGAUUAAAAUAAUGUAAAAUAAAAACCAUCUAUUUAUAUACAGUUUAUUAUUGUGAAAUAAAGGAAAUAUAUUGGUCAAGAUAAAAUUCUUUUAAAAUAUUGAUAUUUUCUGACCACCCCGGAUCUUUUUCAAUUUGAAAUAUCUCUGUGCACUUUGGUGUCCACACGACAAAGUAGCAGAUACUUCGACCAGUGAUGUGCAUUUGCCCCUGUACUUGGUGGUAAUAAUUGUGAUUGCUGUUAAGAUUAAUGUCCUCAUUUUCAUCCCUCCAAUAAAAAUAUUUUUUAUCCUUCAGGGCUUCAGACAAACUGUCAGUGUCCCUAUAUUUAUAUGGGCAUUUAAUUUCGAGAAUCCCAUCUUCUUCCACUAAUCCAUCAGGACUUGCUCCCAAAAAGCCUGAUUCUUCCAACCUACAAAAAAAAGUAAUAUUACAUUAUUCAUCUAAGUUAUACGUGUUAAUUAUUUUCGACCUACCAAAAUCCCGUCUCUUGGACUUUAAGAUUCGUCGCUUCUUCAAAUUCUCUGAGCGCUGUCUUCUCGUGGGUCUUACCCCACUGCACAGCAGCAACCCUGUCAAGCGAAUAGCCUUCCGCCAAAUUUUUAAAUAAAGAGGGUGGGAAUCUUCGUCUACUGCAAGCAGAUAGUACCAUGCCAAACCUGCUGGCCGUUAAACGAUGUUUCCUUGCUACAUGCCAAUUUUCGUUAACAUGUUGGCCCCGAGUGCACGCCUCAACCAGUUUAAUGCGUGCCUCAUCUAUUCUGCACUUCUCCAAAAGAAACUUUUGUUUGUCUAUGGCCUGCACGUAUUCUAAGCUUUGUAGAAUUUCUUCGAUAUCUGCAAUAAUUUUUCUGGCUUCUUCACUUGCUUCUGGUCUUAGGAGCCAAGUGAAGCCCACCACAUUCGUGACGCCUAUUUCGGCACGGAACUGAAUAAUUUCGUCCUCAGUAGAGGACCUAGACAGUGCCGUAUAGUUUGAUAAUUUCGGCUUGUAAACAUCAGCUAACUUAAUGACUUCUGUUUGUGGUGUUGUUUUUGAUGGGGCACUCCACUGACACUCAAUGUCAGUAGCACUUACAUUAUAAUGAGCAUAAUAUAAUGCUGCAGCCAUAUGAUGGCAAGCCACGUUGCCCCUUGGGCAGGUACAAUGUGCCGUCUUAACCCCUUCUUCUAGGUCAUAUGAAAUCUAAAACACACUUUGUAGAAGAAAUGUCUAACAGUUAAAUAAAUACAAACCUCCACAGUAUAAUUUAGCUUUUUCAUGCUCGGUAGAACUUCUGCAGAAAUUCUCAUCGGUUGUACUGUGCCAUCAAACCUAAAUUUGGUGACGUGACCGCUGGUAAAAGCAUUUUCUCCCCGAACUAAAAAGCGAUUACCGUCCCCAAAAAAUUUCGCAAUAAAGUGAAACUUAACAAUGUGCUUUUCUGCCACUAAAAUGCAUAAAUAUAAUAGUUUCUCAAAGUAUAAUUAAAGCUUACUCACUUUCUCACCGACAACGUGGUUCCCUGUAUUCUUUUAUAAAGUUCGUAUUUUCACAAAAAGUCACUUCUAAAUUAAAUUAAAGUCUCUAGUGGCACAAAUUACACCCGCUGCAGCUAUUUGACACGUUAUUAACGCACAAACACAACCAAAAAACCGAAAAACGUAUUACACCACAUGUAAAAGACUGGUUGUUUAGCUUUGAGCAACUGACCUACCGUAAUAAGAGUGGGGAGGUGACGUCACGACUGAUAGCGCGUAUUACAAACAUGGCUUAUCACUUAUUUCUUUGUACGGUUUUGCGCUUGCACUUUUUUGCAUUUGUACGGUUUAUUUUUGUGUCCUGUUCUGUGGUUGCCUGCGCCCCCGUUUUUUCUGUGUUUCCAUUGUGAUAGAGCGCUUAAUGUGAAUUGUACAUAUUUAUAAAUAAAAGAAUAUUUUUUA